AGGGUCUAACCUUCAAGUAAAAACAUCAAACACACGUGUCUCGAUCUAAACAGAAUCAACAUGUCCAAUUUGAACUUAGUGUUUAAUAAUUAAAAUAAUAGUGUAAAUAUAAAAAUAAACAAUAAUGUCAAGUGAACCCACGGAUCUGGUCCACAAGAGCCAUCGCGAGCACAAAUCUGGUCGGAAAGCAGAAAAAAAGAAGCUCAAGAAAGAAAAAAAAUCGAAUGAUGUCACCGAGCGACCCAAGAACCCCAAAGCGUUCACCUUCAACUCGGCGAUCGGUGCUGAGAGACGCUUUCGUCGGAAGCAGGACCUGGACACCAAGAAGACCCACAUUCCGCUGGUGGACAGAACUCCUCUCGAGCCCCCUCCGAUUCUCGUCGCCGUGGUCGGGCCUCCUAAAGUCGGUAAGUCUCUGCUGAUACAAUGUCUCAUUAAAAAUUACACCCGGCAGCCGCUGAGCAACAUCCAGGGUCCAGUGACCGUCGUCUCCGGGAAGAAACGUCGCAUCACUUUCAUGGAGUGCAACAAUGACAUCAACAGCAUGAUUGACAUCGCGAAAGUAGCCGACCUCGUUUUGCUGCUCAUCGACGCCUCCUUUGGAUUCGAAAUGGAGAUCUUCGAGUUCCUGAACAUCUGCCAGGUCCACGGGAUGCCCAGAAUUAUGGGUGUCCUCACUCACCUGGAUUUGUUCAGCAACAAUCGCCAGCUGAGGAAAGCCAAGAAGACUUUGAAGCAGCGAUUCUGGACCGAAGUCUACGCCGGCGCUAAAUUAUUUUAUUUAUCCGGACAAGUUCACAACGAGUAUCUACGUAACGAAGUUAAAAAUCUUGGUCGGUUCAUUUCCGUGAUGAAGUUCCGACCAUUGACCUGGCGCUCAAGUCAUCCUUACUUGAUCGCAGAUCGAAUUGAAGACAUCACUCCUGCUGAGAGCAUCAGACAGAACAAAAAAGUUGACAGAACUGUUUGCUUCUACGGGUUCAUGAGAGGAGUCCCGCUCAUAAAAGAGUCCUCGGUCCAUAUACCUGGUGCGGGCGACAUGAGGAUCAAGGAUGUCAGCUUUCUACCGGACCCUUGUCCUCUGCCGGAGCAAAUCAAAAAGCGCGCACUGAUUGAAAAAGAGCGACUCAUCUACGCGCCUUUUUCGGGGGUCGGCGGGAUAGUUUACGACAAGGAUGCGGUCUAUGUUGAACUCGGGGGCAGUCACUCGCACAAGGAAGAAGACGAUGGGUUGCUCAGUGGACUGAUUGAUACCGCGGGCACCCUGGAUGAGAAGCUGGAGAAGAGUGAGCUGAAGUUGUUCAGUGAAACCCGGGGUAUUAUGUCCAAGGAAGUCGAUGAUGUCUUUGCUAAGGGCCAGGAAAAUGUUUUUGAUAAUGGGAGAAUUAGGAGGAAAGUUAUUUUUAAUGAUGAUCAUGAUGAUCAAGAUAAUGAUGAUGAUGAAGAUGAAGACUCUGGUGAUGAAAUUAAUGAAGAUAAAAAAGCUGGAAGUCAUUUAAAUAAAAUCAAUGAAGAUGAUGACGACGAUGAUGAUCAUGAAGAUGAUGAUAAUGAUGAUGAAGAUAAAAAUUCUUUAAAGAAAAAAAAUAAUCAAGAAGAUGAUAAUGAUGACGAUGAUGAUAAUGAUGAUGAUGAUGAUGAUGAUGAUGAUGAUGAUGAUGGAGAUGAAAAAUCAAUUGAUAAAAAUUCUGUAAAGAGGAAAAAUAUUCAAGUAGAUGAUGAUGAUGAUGAUGAAGAAAAAAUACAAAAUUCAGAUAAAAUUGAAGAAAAAAAAUUGACGAAUAAAAAAAUAAAAAUUGAUGAAGAUGAUUUAGAAGAAGAAUUAGCAGAACUCAGAGCACAAAAUAAUAAUGGGGAUAAAAAAAAUAGUGGUGAAGAAAAUACUUCAGUUUAUAAAGAACUGAUAAAUAAUCCUGCGCGAGAAGUUAAAAAUAAAAUUGCGGAAACAUUGAAGAGCUUGGAGGAAAAUAAAUCUGGAGAAAGUGAUGAUGAGGAGGAGGAAGAAAGUUUUGAUGAGCUGAGUGAUAAUGAUUUGAAUGGGUCGAUUGAAGAGAUGGAGGUUGAGGAGGCGGGGAGUUGGACACGAACGGCGGAGAAGGCGCGGGAGGAAUUUUUAAAUAGACAGCAAAGCAAUGUCAAUCUUAUGAAAAUUGUUUAUUCAGUAGAGCAGAAGAAGGAUAAUGAUGCUGAUGACGAUGAAGGUGAAGAGCUCGGGGGAAUAUUCCGGGUGGUGACGGAGAAGCAAAAAAAGAAGCUCGAAGAGCGCGAGUUGAAGAACCAGGAGGACACUGUCUACUUCAGCGGGGAGCAGCCAAGGGAUUGGUUGAGCGAAGACAACAAGUUGCUGAUCGUCAACAGGUUCGUCACUGGCAAGUGGAAGGAGUCAGAGGACGCCGCUGAGCUUCUGAAGCUCAACAACUUGCCGGAGGACGAUGACGAGGAAGUCUAUGGGGACUUUGAGGAUCUGGAGACUGGAGAAAAGAUCCAGGGUAAGCCUCAAGGAGAUUCUGCGCCCAGAGAAAUGGACUCAGCGGAAGUGGAAGACCGACAGAAACUGAUUGAGAAGAAGCGGAAGCUCAAACAGCAGUUCGACGCCGAAUACGACAACGCCGAGAACAAAAGUUUCUACGACGAAUUGAAGCAGGAGGUGGAGAAACAGGCCCAGCUCAAUAAGUCCGAGUUCGAGGACCUGGACGACGAGAUGCGAGUUCAGUUGGAGGGAUUCCGACCUGGCAUGUAUGUCAGAGUUGAGAUCGAGUCGGUGCCUUGCGAGCUGAUCACCAAUCUGGACCCCACGUAUCCUCUGAUUCUCGGAGGUCUGCUUCACGGUGAAGAGAACAUCGGGUUCGUCCAGACCAAGCUGAAGAAGCACCGGUGGUACUCGAAGAUCCUCAAAACCCGAGAUCCAGUUAUUCUGUCCGUUGGUUGGAGAAGGUUCCAAACUCUUCCGAUUUAUUCAAAGCUCGAGGACAACAUGAGACAUCGCAUGCUCAAGUACACACCGGAGCACGUCGCCUGCAUGGGACACUUCUGGGGACCGAUAACUCCUCAAGGUACCGGAGUUCUUGCUGUCCAAGAUGUCGCCACCAGAAUUCCAGGCUUCAGAAUAGCAGCAACUGGAUCCAUUGUCGAGUUGGACAAGAGCACGCGGGUUGUAAAAAAGUUGAAAUUGACUGGAGAGCCAAGAAAAAUAUUUAAAAAGACAGCAUUCAUCCAGGGGAUGUUCAAUUCGAGUCUAGAAGUCGCAAGAUUCGAAGGAGCAAAAGUUAAAACAGUCUCCGGUAUCCGGGGGCAGAUUAAGAAGGCAGUUUCCGACCCACCGGGUUGUUUCCGUGCGACCUUCGAGGACAAGAUCCAGCUGAGCGACAUCGUCUUCUGCCGGACCUGGUUCAAAGUCGACGUCCCCAAAUUCUACAAUCCCGUGACCUCGCUUCUGCUGCCUCCGAGCGAAAAGAACCAGUGGCGCGGAAUGAAGACUACGGGACAGCUCAAGCGGGAGAAUAACAUCCAGGCCCAGCCGGAAGAAGUUAAGGAUUCGCUCUACACUCCGAUCCAACGGGAGAAGAAGGUCUUCAAGCCGCUAGUCGUCCCUAAGAAUCUACAGAAGGCGCUUCCUUAUCGCGAUAAACCAAAACUCCAGCCGCUGGCUAUCAACCACAAGCCCCAGUACUCGGAGCGACGUGUCGCCGUCGUCAGGAGCAAGGACGAGGAGAAUAGAAUAGACAUGAUCAAGAGGAUACGAACUCUUUACAAACAUAAGCAAGAGAAAGACAAAGAGGAGACCAAGAAGCGAAUGUCCGAAUAUCAAAAACGUGUGGAGGCCGAGCAGAUGCGGAAGCUCAAGAAGCAGCGGGAGUUGAAGAAAGAAAUCCACAGGACUCUCAGUAAAAUGGACGCUAAGGACAAAAAGAAAAGAGGAAAUUAAUUAUUAUUUUUUAGCAUAAGAAAAUUGUUAAAUUUUUUAAAAUAAAAAUUAAUUAAAAAUUUA